AUGGCAGUAACCUUCCCUAUUGUUGUAGAUCUGUCGGUUGAGCCUUGUUCCAUGACUUCAAGUGGUUUUGGCCAAAAACUUGUAAUUGCCGAUGUUGGUGGACCUGGGAAUCUGUUCCCAAAAAUUCACAAGGAGAAGGAAUUUGAUCUGAAGGAGAUCUGCAAGGCUUGUCAAUCUCCAUUCUCGUUUGUAUUUGGUCCUGGAGCUGGACCGUGGAAAGUAGUAGGGAGGAACUGUGAAAUGGUUUCGGACGCCAAUCUUACUACGGCAAAGGUGGCAACGAAAAUAGCUUCACUUCCUCCUGGCCAUUCACCUCCCUACAAAAUGGAUGUUAUAGAUUCUCCGAAGUUCAAUCUAAUGGCAAAUCUUGCAAUGUCGGAACCUGGGUCUGGAGAAGUGGUACAUUGUAAAUAUUCGGUACGUAUCGGAAAAGACAACUUUCCCGAAACCAUACGGAAAGCGCUCGUUAAGCAUUACGGCGAAAGUUUAGGACACUAUUACUAUGACACAACGCCAGACACUGUAGCGUACGAAGGUUGGUUCACAGCAGCGGAGAAGAUAUACAGAAUUGACGAAAUAUAA